AUGGAAUUAAGUAAUCAUGAAUAUGUUCAUUCUUCAAAAACAAAUACUUAUAGACGUCGUUCUAAAAGUUUAAAUGAUAAGAUAGAGUCCGGAAAAAAUUAUUCAUAUAUUCAUCAUGGAAAACGUCAUCAUUCACCUCCUCCUAGGCAUGCUCACCACCAACCAGUCAUGAAAUUCAAUACUGAUAUGUGGAUGCAGGACUUUAGAGAAACUGUUAUCAAAAAAUUGUUUAAAGAAGAACGCUUUAAGGCUUUUCAAAAGCGUAGAGGAUUAGAAAAUGUAAUGGAUGUUAGUGAUGAUGAAGGAUGGGAAGAACAACAAAAGGCUACAAGUAUUAUUGGAGCGUAUUGUUCUUUUAGAUUUAUUGAUAACUCUACAGCAUUUACCACAAGUAUCGGUUAUGUCAAUGGAAUCUGGCAUAUUAUUAAAGGUUUUGUUUGUCUUGGAGGUUUAUAUGGAGCGAUCGCGCAAAAUAGGAAUAUGGUCCAUCUUUUCGCAGUUAUUAUUAGCGUGACUGCAAUGAUUCACUUAGUAUUUGGUAUUGGACUCGCAAUUGUGGGUAUGAAGAAUAGUGACACUCUUGUGAAUUUGUGUCUUCAAAAAGCCGCCUCAAAUGAUACAUGGGAUCCGGAACAACAUUGGUUGAAACCAUUUGACAAACGAGCCGAUGAGCCUACGAACACCACUGUUACUAACAAUACUAAAUUGAUUUGUGAAACUGCCGUCAAGUGGUACCUCGCCUUCUUCAUUAUUUUCACUGCAAUUGCGAUUAUACUCACGAGGUUCACACUUUUUUACAAGGCAUCUGUGUUUAUAGUAAAAUCAUCAGCUGAGUUUUAUGAUCCGCGCGUUCUAACCGUUAAUCUAAAUCAGAAUGAUCACUAG